AACAAGGACGCCUUGUACCAUACCUGAGACGAAAUCACUUCAAAAUGGGGCCACAUCAACCGUAAAGUCCGAAAGUUUAUCAGAGUUUACGAGGAAUGCUCUCGGUCCCGAAAGAGCAGGAUGAACGAUGCCAAUGUUUUGCGGCAAGCCACCGCCCAGUAUCAAGACGCCAGACACCAAGGCAAUGUCCCUGUCAAUCUUUGGAGAAUUUUAAGUUGUUCACCUAAAUGGCAACAACUCAACAACCCCGAGGCCGGAUCAAAGAAAAGAUCCUCCGCCGAGGCCGAGGUUGAGGUCGGUGACACUAUCGGUUCAUCCGAACAAAGGCCUCCCUUCAACAUAGACGAUUCUGAUGACGAGGACCCCAUUCCACGGUCGAUCGGAAGAAAGAAGGUAAUAUCCAUUGCCUCGGAUUCUGGUAGGUCCGACUCUGUUUCCUCUCACGAUAUCGGUCGGGCAAUGGUUGAACAACUUCGGGUGUUCAAUAUUAGAGAAGAAGAGAGGAAGAAACGAAGGCAACAGAAGGAAGGGAUCGAAAUAAUGGAAACCAACCUUGAUACGUUAUCAGGGUUCAAACGCAUGCUUUACGAGAUAAGACAAAAAGAGAUCAAGGCUAAAUAUAAUUUGCCUUAGUUUUUUUAUUAAUGUAUUUUUUAUUAAAUAUUCUUUUUUAUUGAAUGUAAUUUUUAUGACUUAAUGUCGUUUUAUUUUUUUAUGUAAUGAAUGUAAUUUUUUUAUGAAUUAUUCUCGUUUCAAUCCAAUUAAAUAAUUAAAUUUUAUUAAUUUAAUUUUAGAAGAUGUGUGUAUAAAACUGAUGCGUCAGAGAAAGAAAAUUUGAAUUCUCGG